AUGUGGAGCGAAAUGACAGAGCUGGUGUCCUCCAACAACAACUACUCCUGCUACCGGAAGGCCUUCAGUGAGUGCCAGGGCUUUAAGACCCCCAUCCUGGGGGUGCACCUGAAGGACCUGAUCGCAGUGCAUGUGGUCUUCCCUGACUGGGGGCAUGACAGCAAUGAGGUGAACCUGGUGAAGAUGCAUCAGCUCUACAUGACCUUCAACGAGUUGGUGUCCUUGCAGACUGCGGUGGCCCAAGUGGAGCCCAACAUGGACCUGAUCUACCUGCUGACGCUUUCUUUAGACCUUUAUUACACCGAAGAUGAGAUUUAUGAGUUGUCAUUACUAAGGGAACCACGUAACCACAAAUCAUUGCCUACCUCUCCAACAACUCCCAACAAGCCCCUGGUCCCUCUGGACUGGGCCUCCGGGGUCCCCACCAAACCGGACCCCUCUGUGGUCAACAAACACAUCAGGAAGGUGGUGGAUUCUGUGUUCAGGAAUUAUGACCAUGACCAUGAUGGCUAUAUCUCUCAAGAGGACUUUGAGAGCAUUGCUGCUAAUUUCCCCUUCCUGGACUCCUUCUGCGUUCUGGACAAAGAUCAAGACGGACUGAUCAGUAAGGACGAGAUGAUAGCGUAUUUCCUCCGGGCCAACCCACUGCUCCAGUGUAAGAUGGGUCCAGGUUUCAUCCACAACUUCCAGGAGAUGACAUACCUGAAGCCCACCUUCUGUGAACAUUGUGCUGGAUUUCUGUGGGGAAUCAUCAAACAGGGCUACAAGUGCAAAGACUGUGGUGUAAACUGUCAUAAACAAUGUCGGGAGCUGCUGGUUCUGGCCUGCAGGAAGCUGAUCCGCUCCGGCUCUCUUGGAAAUGUUUCUCCAGCCAGACUGACCCACAGCUCCCUGCCCAGCAGCCCGGCUCUGCCCACCUGUGAAGAUGAGGAUGAGGUGUUUGAGUUCCCAGCCGUCCCAUCACCAGGACCAGCUCUGGCCCCUCAGUCCAUCACCCUGAUGACGGGCUCCGCCCAGAGGAUCUCAGUGCGCCUGCAGAGGGCCACCGCAAGCCAGGCAACACAGACUGAUCCCCUAUGGCCAGAACACAGCUGGGGGGCCACAGACAGCGGCUCCCACACCUUCCCAAAAAUGAAAUACAGGACUCACAGAAAAUCAUCCAAAAAUAAAGGCUUUGCCCGCUGGGAAAACCAGAACGAGCCGGCAGUUUCUACCAGGUGCAGCGUGGACUCUCAGGAGAAGUCAGUGGUCUCAGGAGAGCCCGCACAGAACGGGAGGACACACAGAGUUAAGGACAGCUGACUUGGUCUCGUUGGUGAGGGACAGUCUCAGAAAUCCAGGAAGCCCCUAUCGGCUGGGAGCAGGAAGCUCUUCUCUCUGGGGGACGUGCUGGGCUGCCUGCGGCCCCCCGUCAGUGACCUGGAGCUAUCAUGUCCUCUGUAGACCUCGGCACAGGUGGAGCUGAUGUGGCUCCCAGUAGCUGCAUGGAAGAGACUGGCUAAUGGACUAACACCUGCUGUGUGUCACACUGUGACACCUCCACCCUGUGGAGGGUCUUUGGCUGGGGAUGUUUGGGAUGUACACAACAUCAGCACUUGGAAAAGUAAAGGAAACAUUUGUUAACUUCCCAAAAGAGUGGAAUUGGUUCAGCCUAGUGAAUCAAAGACAGCCAGUAACUUUUUUGUAACCGCUUUAAAUGCCAGCUUGGGGAUUACAAAGUAAAAGCCUGAACUAAAGAAAGAGACGGGCAGUUCUUCCCAAGUGGAAAUGAUCCAAAAGAUCAUGAUGGAUAUGGGAAAGAGUUUUAAAAAAGGGAAGUCAAAAUGGAGAAGAACGUUAAGGGAAUCCAACCCUCCUGACAUACAGAGCAGUGAAGAUGGACCAUUCUGGACCCUGGAGUAUUUAUGGCCAAUAUUUGUAUUUAUUCCUACAUUUUAUUUAUAUUUGUACAUGAAAACUACAGUGUGUUUAACCCUCCCUAUUGUUUAAAAUGUAUACAAUUACAUUUCUUUCAGCAUGACAUAUGAUUAAUACCUGGCCUGACUCCAGCAUUACAAAAAGAGAAUCGAUGUCAUUUAUUUUAACAGAAGCUGUUCUCAAAUAAAACACAUCGAAGACAUUCAUUGAAAUACAA